AUGGCCAAGUUAAACUACGAGCUUCUCUUAUCAGUCUACAUCCUCACCUUCCUGAUCGGCCUUCCUGCCAACAUGCUAGCGUUCUUUACCUUCCUUCGAAAGGUUCACCGCAAGCCAACCCCCAUCGACAUUCUCCUGCUAAACCUGACAAUAUCUGACCUCAUCUUCCUCGCGGUCCUGCCAUUCAAGAUGAAGGAGGCCACUGACAACUUCAAAUGGAGCCUGCCAUAUUACCUGUGCCCCAUUAGCAGUUUCCUCUUCUUCUCCACCAUCUACACCAGCACGUUAUUUCUGACCGCGAUUAGCAUAGAGCGCUACCUAGGUGUUGUGUUUCCGAUCCGAUACGCUCUAGGCCGCCGACCACGCAAUGCUGUGAUUGCAAGCUGCUUCCUCUGGCUUCUGGGAUCUCUUAACCUCAGCAUCGUGUACAUUGUGCCAUACAUACCCUCAAGUGAUAAUUCGAGCCACAGCAAGCUACAACCCAAUCCUCACGAGAUAAUUUGCUACGAAAACUUCACCGUAGAACAGCUGAACAUUCUGCUUCCUGCUCGUCUGCAGCUUUUUCUCGUGCUUUUCUGUAUACCCCUCCUCAUCUGCUGCUUCUGCUACAUAAACUUCAUACGAAUCCUCUCCAAUCUGCCUCAUCUCGGACGCCGCCGUAGACUCAGGGCCAUUGGGUUGGCGGUGGGGACGCUGUUGGUUUUCACCAUCUGUUUUAGCCCAUAUAACGUCUCACAUGUGGUUGGUUUCAUUCGCGGUAAUAGCGAAUGGUGGCGUCAUUUUGCUUUGAUCUCCAGCACUCUGAACGCCUGUUUGGACCCCAUCAUCUUUUACUUUUCCUCGGCUGCUGUUCGCAGUGCCAUACGCUCAUGUGUUAAUGGUCUAAAGGAGAAAAUUCACAUUGUAGAAUGCAGAAGCUGCUGUUCUGCUGGCCCUUCCAAAACUGAAGCCUACAAGGAGACAAACCCACCUUUUGACCUGGGGUGA